AUGUACGUGUGCUGCAAAAAGGACCCCAAAUUCAAGUCCAAGGCCAAGACAACAAAAUUCCUCCCACGCCAGUACGGCGACCUCGACUUCACUGGAACCUCACCUGGGAACGGAUGCGCAACGAGUUCAUCUACACCAUGUGCGGGGCCCACAACCCACCACCGCGACCCUUCCGAGUGCAUCUACGGCCCGCAGGGCCAAUACUACAAGGACUUCGACUUCUCCACCGCCGUCACCUGUGAAAAACGCCCCGUCAUCACCGACCUCCCGCCCGAAUCCGCCAACGACGACAAAAUCGGCCGACUCCCCUCCUGCUGCAACAACGGCACCCUCCUCCCGAAAACCAUGAACGAGACCAAAUCCCGACUAAGGUGUUUUUUAAUGGAGAAGAGUGUGCGCUGCCUAAGGAGCUGCCAAAGAGGAAUGGGGCCAGCCGAGGGUCGGGCGUGCCCGUGUGCACAGGGUUGGCGGUGGCCGCUUUGA